AUGAAAAUUCUAAACAUCAGUCUGGUAAAGGAAGCAACUUCUUCACCCGUGGCCGCUGAAUCAAAAACCACUGUGAAAGAUGAUCUGAAAACAUUAAUGUCCGGUGGGGAUAAGAAAAACCCGACCCGUUCGAGAACGAGGUUUGCGCCGGAGUUUGAUGGACUACACUGCUUUGAAUGCAUUGUACCUUCUGUCUGA